AUGCCCUCGAUCCCCCUCUCCAAGUACGACCGCUACCAGCGCGCCGUCAGCUUCUUCCUGGACUGGCUCAUUCGCGCCCAUGGGCACGGCCACCCCAGCGCCGAUCGCAUCAACCUCGAGUUGCUGAACGUUACGGCCCAGGAGAUCGCCACGGACCCGUCCUCGCUCAGCCAGAAGCUGCUGCAGGAGUUGCCCAAGGCGCUGUCGGCUUGCAAGUGCGCCCUGAAACUCGACUCACGCGCCAGUUCUCUGACAACCCGCACUCGAUUUCCAGCGCUACUGAGCACCUGGCACCGUUCGCUGGAGAACAGCGUAAAAUCGAGUAAAUCGGCUGGAAAAGAGUAUUCUGCUGGCGAGAAGGGCUUCGUUUUGGACGUUAAAACGCCAAAAAGCGUCAAAACGGCGCUGAAACGGGUAUGCCAGGAGGCGUUUGAGGCCGAUUUUGGGCUGGACGGGGUGUUGUAUGUCUCGGAGCAGGAGGAGCUGGUCACCGGCGUGUACCAGAUUUAUGUCGGGGUCAAGGCGGAGAUUUACUCCAUGAUCGAGGCCACCCGACCUGACCACGCGGGACGCCCCGAGAUUCGAGCCAUGCAAGACUUGAUUGAGGCGAUCGGUGUCCACGCCCCCAGACUGUACGCGCAGACUGUCAAGAGUGUGGAUGCCAUCCAACAAACCUUCGACAGGGAGGGGACGUACACGUUCUCGCCGUUCGAGUUGAUCCGGGACUUUGAGGUCAUCUGGGCCACGCUGACGUGCUUUAGUACCGGUUUGCCGUCCAAUAUGCGGACGGGGUUUAUCUUCACUCCGAGCGACAGAGAGCGAUACGGAGAAGAGCGCACGCCCAGCUACGUGCUCCCGCACACUGACAUGUCCAGGUUCGUGCUGGUGAACCUGUCGCUGCUGUACAACACCAACUGCGAGAAGAAGGAGGUCACGGGCUCUGGAUACGACCGGUCGAGACUGGAGGGCGGGUUCAUGGGCCUGAUGAACGACUACUUCGCGUCGCACCAGGUGACGAUUCCGCUGGUGUUUGCUUGGACUUGCUGGGUGAAGGAGGUGGCCGCGCUGCAAGGUGACGGAGGACUCUGUCGCAACAUUAGCGUGACGCUGAAGCACGCGAGGGAUCUGACGCAGCACAUCCAUUCGGUCGUGAGCAGACCCACGAUCCUGGACGUCCGCCGCCCAGACCCUUCCAGCAGUGGGUCGCUACCGAACCUAUCGUUCCUACUACAGCGCUCGAACCCGUUCAAGGCUGGGUUCAUCGUGCUGGACAUGCACCUCGCGUGUAUCCGGGUCGGGCACGAGUGUCUGCCCAACGUACCCAUUUUUCGGGCCUUUGGGCAUCUGUACAAUGCUCGUGUGGGUCAAGGGUUUCUCGAGCCCAUUCCGUUCCUUGAAGACGUCUUGAAGCUGUACGAGAAGUUGAUUUUCACGCCGUCGAGAGCUGCGGCAGUGCGUGGCGCGUACGACCGCAAGUAUCUCUACGAUUCAGGAUAUUUCUUCAGGUCGAGGAAGAAUAUGGUUUCUCCUGGGAACCAGUGGAUUGACGAGGAGAAGCCGGGAGGACUGCGCGAGGUAUCGAAGAUUUGGCGAUUUCUUAGCCAAAACGACAGCUCCGAUUUCAGAAGCACGAGUCUGACGAAAAUGCUGUACACUGCUGCGGAAACUUGCUCGUCCGAGUUGUAUGAGACGCGAGUGCUUACUCGAGAUGUGAUGCCGAUUCUGUACGAUAUUGCUGAUGCCUUCUCAGAACUCUGUGACGAGUUGGGCCAGCAGCAGGUCUACAAGAAGUCCAUGAAUAAUGGUGUCCAUGGAGGUUCUGUCAAGGAACGCGCUAUUGAGGCGCUGGAGAACGCACUCAUGUAUCCUCUGCUGCCGCUACUGGGUGCUUUACAGUCUGACGGGUCACUUGACUUUGGCGUCCUUCCUCCAGCAAUUUCGUCGCAAUCGGAGAGCUCUUUCAGUGCUGAGCAAGUCCAUGACAUGGCCAAGAAAGCUGCAGCAGUCAUUAACGCCAAAUUCGCCGUCCCGUCCUCUGAAGUUGAGCGCAGGUACUUUACGUUUCCAUCGGAGCCGGACUUUGUUACGAAGGAGUACGGCACAGCAUCGUUUAAAGCCAAGACGGAACGUGAAAAUCGCGAUCAAAUAUUCUCGGAUCUGAUGCGGCUGCUUGGAGAUAGUAGGGGGCCUCUUUCCAAAGACAACCUCUCCUAUUUGACAGAAGAAAUCAAGAAAGAUCCGCAGCUUCUGAGCUUGAUGACACCGCGCACGAGGACAAACCGAGAUGAUCUGUGUACGUUGCUGCAUCAAGCCGCAGCUGGACCCGCUCACGAUGCCGUUCUGGUCGAGUGGAUGAUCAAUCUUGGCGAACUUUUCAACCAGUCGACGACGCACUGUCGCAAGGAGCCGCUGAAAAAGGACUUAGCGUGCCCUCGGGAAUGUCUUCCCAACGCUAUGGCUGUGCACAGCGCCGCGAUCCAGGGCUACGAUGACACUAUGAUGAUCCUUCUCGCGGUGGACAAACUCAUUGAUCUGGAUACGCCCACAUUCCACACGAAGGAAACGAUCGCGCACCUAGCAGGGAGGCACGUUUGGGAGUUGACCACGGACCGAGAAUGGUCACGGGCGGUUGCGGCGGAAAUGUGCGUGAGGAAACCACUUCGAUUGAAUGGUUCACGCGUGGAGGCGAGUUGGAAGACGAAUCGGAAGGGCCGAGAAGGCAAGGCGGCAACAUCCCUGUACUUCCAGCAUGACAAGCAAACCAGUCUUGCGGACGGGGGCAGCCACGCGAGUGCAUUGAAAAAGAAGUCGAAGAAAAACAGGAAGAAAGGCAAGAGUGGGAAAGCGAGUCCUACGAGUCCUGCUGGCUCUACCCCCGAUCCUCCAGCAGAAGAAAAUCCAAGCGUACUGAAGUUUCUGUCGGGAGCCGCGUCGUCUACACAAGGAAGCGGCGAAGCGGUCGAGGUAUCUAUUGGGAAGGCGUUUGCUCGUUUGCGAGACCCAACCAUUGCUGCUACGGACAAGCAUGCGGACGCCCAGUACGCCUGCAACGUGAUCGAUAUGCUGUCGGAGAUAACAGCCGAGCUUUCCGCCCCAAACAUGGUUGCCGACACUAGUUCCAACUUGAGGAAGACCGUGGCUUCCACUGCCUCCGAAGUGAUUCACAUGAUGCAGAAGUUCCACCAGGUUGACCACGCAGCGCUCAAGCAUCCGGUCCUUGAGCCUAUCCGAGAGCGCACUAGUAUGACGCGUGAAUUCACAAGAAUGGUGAUGAACACGGCCCAGCUCUGCGUCUCGAUCGACAGGAAGCAGCAGGCUUGUGAGGUGCUGAAUGUGCUGGAGAAACGCUUCUUGAAAUCAGCUUCAGCGAAGGAUCGUCCGAUGGACAUUGCCGAGCUAGUUCGAAUGUACGUGGCGGGUCGUGAAUCAAUGGGCUUGGGUAAGACUGCAAGCGCAGAUUCGCUGCGAAUGCUGGAGUCAUUUUUGAACGAAGGGAAACUCAAGUCGGAGCCGGAACAAGCGCCUUAA